CAGUCUCCUUUUCACCUUUAAUUGUAAACCUCCAGCGGGAGUGGCUCUGCGUGACCUCAGGCUGCGCCCUGAGCGGCUGAUACGCAGAGCUGCGCAAUGAUGUGGCUGAGAGAGUGAGCGCAUAGGUGGGAUCUAUCAGGGACAAUGGGUGUGUAGGAUCGACGGCGCACAAAGACAAACGGCCAGAAAAAAAGACACACCACUUUGACCUACUUUUGUCCUCCCCUUUUUUAAAUAAAUGCAAUGUCUAAGCGAGUCAGACCCGGUUAUUCCCGACAAGAAGUCAACAAAACGUCAUGGGAAGUACCGGAGCGAUACCGGGAUCUGAAGCAGGUGGGGACCGGGGCUUACGGGACGGUUUGCUCAGCCGCUGACUCCCGAACAGGAACCAAAGUGGCCAUCAAGAAGCUCUACCGACCUUUCCAGUCUGAGCUCUUUGCCAAACGGGCCUACAGGGAGCUGAGGCUUCUCAAACACAUGAAACAUGAAAAUGUGAUUGGCCUGUUAGAUGUGUUUACUGCCGACCUCUCCCUGGACAGAUUCCGUGAUUUUUAUCUGGUGAUGCCAUUCAUGGGGACAGAUCUGGGGAAGCUGAUGAAGCUGCAGAGACUGUCAGAAGAGAAGAUUCAGUAUUUGGUUUAUCAGAUGCUCAGGGGUCUUAAGUACAUUCAUUCAGCAGGUAUAAUUCACAGGGACCUCAAACCAGGAAAUCUCGCCAUCAACCAAGACUGUGAGCUCAAGAUACUGGACUUUGGAUUGGCGCGGCAGGCAGACAGCGAGAUGACGGGGUAUGUGGUGACUCGAUGGUACAGGGCUCCAGAGGUCAUCCUCAGCUGGAUGCACUACACUCAGACUGUGGACAUUUGGUCCGUGGGCUGCAUCAUGGCGGAAAUGCUGCAAGGAAAACCUCUUUUUAAAGGCAGCGACCACCUAGAUCAGCUGACUGAGAUCAUGAAGAUCACAGGAACACCAGCUCAGGAAUUUAUAUCAAAACUGGAAUCCGAGGAUGCCAAAAGGUACAUUAAAAGUCUCGCAAAGGUGGAAAAAAAAGAGCUUCAUAAAGUGUUUCCCACAACUAAUCCACAAGCUGUGUCUGUACUCGAGCACAUGUUAUUGCUGGACCCGGAGAGCAGGGCGAGCGCCGCAGAGGCGCUCACGCUGCCCUACUUCGCCGAGUUCAGAGACCCAGAGGAGGAGAAGGAAGCACAGCUGUACGACCACUCGGUAGACAACACAGAACUGUCACUGGACCAAUGGAAACGUCACACCUUCACAGAGAUCUUGACUUUUAAACCAGUCGUGCCAGAAUCCAAGGAAACCUCACUGUAAAACACAAAACUGUAAUUGUGCUGCCUGGGACCAGAACAAAAAGUAAAACAUGUCUUAUUAUUAUUAUUAUCAUUAUCAUCUUGUGCUCAAGUGGGAGAAAACUGUUAAAACAAGGCUUAAUGAAUGACCACAGACUGUUAUUGUAAACAUUCCGAGUUUCUUUUCAGCAGGACUUUGGUCCAUUAGUUUUACUUCCUCACCGUUUAGCAUUAGACUCUUGUAGCUCCACCUCCAGUGAUGUGGAUACUUUAAUAACUCAGUUAUACUUGUCUGAUAGACGUGAGAUAAUAAAAGUCAGGGAAAGAAACAUUUGUGAUCAAAACAUUAUGUCUAGAAUGUGUUGUGUAAUUCUGAGUUUCGUAUGCAAGUUCAGUCACAGGUUCAGUCAGAUUGGACGCGUAUGUGUUAUAGAGCAGUGUUUCCCAGUCCUGGUCCUUGGGGGGGCCCUCCUGCAUGUUUUAGAUGGGUUUGAGCAGGGACACAUGAAAAAACAUGUAGGGGCAGAGGGUCCCAGAGGACCAGGACUUGGAAACAUUGUCAUAGAGCAUUUAAUUAAAUAUAUACCUCCUUUAUUGUUAGCGUUAAAUACAAAUCAGUACAUGCAGUUUAAGUUCAUUCAUUGUUUCCAAGAGUCAUUUGUGGUACAGUAGGUACAGUGUGUUGGAUUUAGCAAUCUGAUCUGUUUCACCUCAGCCUUCCCUUCCAAACGUGUGGCCUUCACUUAUUAAAAGUCAGAUUUCAAAACAA